AUGGAUAUUUUAUUGGCAACAAGUAUUUGGUCCUUCGGGUCGUCCCUGUUCAGGGCGCACACAUUAACAGAUAAUUUUAUCAAUGAGAGUGACACAGAUUUUAUACCAUUAAAAAAUAUUAGACCUAGGCGUGUUCCAAUUAAAGCAGGUGAACUAAUGCAAGAUGAUCCUAUUGUUUGUCCAAUUAAAAAGUUUGAGGUAGAAACAUACAAUGCUGUAAUAGAUAUGACUCUAAAUGAAUUGAGUGACCGGUUUGAAACAACAAAUAUUGGACCAUUAAAAGACAUAGCAUUGCUCUCAUAUCGUAGAAUACAAGAAGUGCACAAUGAUCCAACAAUGCUACCCAAAGAUUCAUUUAUAGAGUUAUGUGAGGUCUAUUCAAAAAUUAAUAGAGAUUGUUUGAUUUCUGAAUAUAUGCAGUUUUGUAAAAAUUUAAAUGAAUUUGAAAAUAACUUAAAUUUACCAAAGUUUUUGCAUGAUGUUAGUAAUAAUAAAUCAAGUAAUGAUGAAGAUGAAAAUGAUAAUAAUGAUGACAACAUUUCUAUGUUUGAACUAAAUACGUAUGAUGAUUUAAAUGAAACUUCGAAUGAUAAUGAUCAAAGAGCAAUUAAAAACAUUGGGAGUACUAAAAAAAUUUUUCAAAUGUUUUGUACAGCUAAUUUAACCAGUUGUUUCCCAAAUUUGUAUGUAGCAUUAAAAUUAUCAGUCACUCUUCCAAUUUCAAGUUGUAGUGUAGAGCGUUCAUUCUCAAAGUUAAAACUGAUCAAAACUAAACUUCGAACUUCCAUGCUACAGGAUAGGUUAGAAAACUUGAUGAAAAUCAGUUGUGAAAAAGACUUAAAUCCAAUAGUAGACAAUAUAAUUUUAUCGCUAGCUGGAAAAAGUUCCAGCUUAUGUAAAGCAUUAGUGUAUUAA